CUAAUCGAAACCUGAACCACCCAUACUAAAAUCCCAUACUAAAUCGUGCCAAUCCCUCUUAACCACUUCAGCUCCCCCGGACUGCUCUGCCAGAUCCCAUCUAAGGCAUCUCGGCAGGAGCCGUCCUUGUCGAGCUUUAUUCCACAUAUUUACAACAUCAAUUUUUCAACCUGACCGUCUCCAACAACCCAUAUUUGCCAAGAUGGAGACCAUCAAAGCCCUCUUCGUCGCGCCGGAUCCCAAUGCCCAGAUGCGAAAAUGCAACACGAUAAUCCGCUCCAACAUCCGCAAGCUCGACCGUGACAUCGCGCAAGUGAAGCAAGUCGAAGUGAAGACCAAGAACCUGAUCGUAGCCGCGGACCGACGCGCGCAGCGCAACCCCUCACAGGCGCGGCAAGCCCAGCGAGAGGUGCGGGACUUCGCGCGGGAGCUCCUGCGCGCGCGGCGGACCUCCGCCCGACUCAUCACGUCCAAAGCGCAGCUCAACAGCGUGCAGAUGCAGGUGCACGAGGCCUUCGCGGUGCGGCGCAUCGAGGGCAGCAUCCGCGCCUCCGUCGGCGUCAUGAAGGACGUCAACGCGCUGAUCCGCCUCCCCCAGCUCGCCGGCACCAUGCGCGAGCUCUCCCUCGAGCUCAUGAAGGCCGGCGUCAUCGAGGAGAUGGUCGGCGACUCCUUGCCCCUCGACGACGGCCUGCUGGAGGAAGACGAGGAGGAGGAGGCCGAGGGCGAGGUCGACAAGGUGCUCGGCGAGAUCCUCAAGGGCCGCAUGGAGAAGGCGGGCCCGGCGCCCAGUGCCCCGCUGCCCGCACAGGCACAGCAGCAGCCGGAGCAGCAGCAGCCGGAGGAGGAGGAGGAGGACCAAGAGGCCAUGAUGGACCAGAUGCGUAACAGGCUCGAGGCAUUAAGGAGCUGAACUGAGAGACUACUGUUACCUUUUCUUUGGCCCAUUCAUUUUUACGUUCGCCAGGUCGGGUAGAAAGUUUGCUUCACUCAUAAAUUUGUAUCGGCGUUACGGAGUCGUGUUUUUUGCGUGCGAGAACGAGCGAAGGGGAGG